GCGUCGAGAUCGGAGUUUUCCGGUGUCGUGUCUUGCUCUGUGUAGUGUCCUGUGCGUCUCGGACCUGAGCGCCAGUCACACCACCAUCUCUGCGUCCCCGUGCUGCGUCUACUCACGUAGUUUACAGUCUCCGUCGCGCUCUAGCAGCUAAGGAAACGUCGUUUUUACUUCACGAUGCAGACUUCAUCUUUGACGACUGCGCGCAUGGCCCGUGCGGCGCUGCGUCGUGCCUCCCACAGCCUGGAUCGUCGUAGUCGAAUGCAGUGUGGCGCAUUGAGCCUCCUGACGCGCUCUAAGAGCUCGCUGGCCGCCGAGGCAGCCACCGCUGCAGACUCAGAACUAGCCGACGAGUUCGAGUCCAUGACCGAGAGCACAGCACCACGUCGUCUAGCUGAGGCCGACUGGGCUAUCCGCGCGCAGCAGCUGAUUCCCCGCUCUACAGUGGAGAAGCCUUACAAACUAGCGCCUCUAACUAUGGGACUUGAGAAGCUUAUCGGCAAGACUGAGGAGGAGUUUGCCGACUCCGUCGAGUUGGCUAAGAGCGCGCGCUCGUUCAUGUCCGACGAGGACGUGGAUAAAUGGCUGGAGAGCUUCGAGAUCCCUAACGAUGAACUAGCCAAGUGCUCAACACCCGAAGAGACCCAGAACAUGCGUCGACGUUAUGCGCGUCAGCUCCGUCUCGAGUGUUCCGUGUACGAAAUGGCCAUGGACAAGUACUCGGCCUCGCAUGAUAAAGUCCGACAGCUGGGCCGCUCUACGUCCACCAACGCGGCGAAAGAUCUCAUCACAAAGUGGAUGCCUCAGGCGCAGAAAUACAUCGAGUCCGAGCAGAAGAAGAUCAAGUCUGGAACGCACAGUACCGACAGCAACAUCUACGGCCCCGCGCUGAUGCUGCUUCGUCACGAUAUCCUCGCUGCUAUCGGCAUGAACAUCAUGCUGAACAUGUGUCUGAUGGAGUCCAAAGGCCCCAAGUUCAUCAAACUGGCUCUUGCUAUGGGGAAAGCCGUGCAGGAAGAGAUUAUCUCCAAGAAAGAAACAAUCUCCAAGCGAUAUCAAGACGAUGACAAAUUUUAUCUGCAAGUCUCCAAGAAUAUCAAGUUGGAGAGUCUGAAAAUGCGCAUGAAGGAAUAUGUGGACUCUGUGGGCGGCUGGGACAAGAGAUUGCAGCUCAAAGUCGGCGCUGCGGUUGUUGACUGCAUCCAACGCACGUGCUAUGUACCGAACGAGUACGGAGAAGUCUCAACGCCUGAGCUGUGCGCGGCUAAAGGUCUUCCUCCCCCCGAACCAGCUUUUAUCCACAACUACGUGUUCGACCGGAAUCGACGCGCCGGAGUCAUCCAGAUCCACCAGAGAAUGGCUGAUACCGUGCUAGCUACCAACCCUGACGCCAAUGUGUUGCCCUGGACGGCGCGUUACCUGCCGAUGCUGGUGCCGCCGCGUCCGUGGACCAGCGUGAUCAAUGGAGGAUACCUCAAAUUGCGUACCAAGAUCAUGCGUCAACGAGACUCGGCCUGGCAAAUGGACUGUGUGCAGCGUGGCGAAAUGGACGGGAUCUUGAAGGCGCUCAACUUAAUGGCUGAAGUACCGUGGGUGAUCAACAAAGAAGUGCUGGAUGUGGUGCUGCAGAUCUGGGAAGAUGGCGGCAACUUUGGAGACCUACCGACACGUACAGAUGUUCCUCUGCCAGACCCAGACAGUCCCGAGUUCGCAGACGACCCGGCGCUGUAUCACAAGAAUGUCCGCAAGAAUCAAGCCCACAUGAUGACUAUUUCUACGUCAUGUGGGUUCAAACUGAUUGCUACAGUAAGCGGUCACUGCUUGGAGGUUGUUGGGUGGAUUUUCCUAUCCCUUGAGCCAUCUGAGAGACUCCUACGGUGGAGUCUCAUUGAGCAACUGAAUCGAGAGUUCCACUCGCUACGAUGUGAUACGCUGUACAAGCUCCAAGUGGCUGAGGAGUUUAAGGACGAGCCGGAGCUGUACUACCCGUACAACAUGGAUUUCCGUGGCCGCGUGUAUCCGAUCCCACCCAACCUGAACCACUUGGGCUCAGAUCUUUCUCGUAGUCUGUUGAUCUUCCGUGAUCGCAAGCCUCUUGGAGAACGAGGUCUGCGCUGGAUGAAGAUCCAUUUGGCCAACGUUUUCGGUGUGGACAAGUGCUCGUUUGACGAGCGUGUGGAGUUUGCGGACGCGCAUCUGGAUAAGGUCGUGGCGUCUGCUAGUGAUCCACUUGGAGAGGGCGACUGUGCGUGGUGGAAGGGCGCUGAUUACCCUUUCCUGGCCCUUGGCGUCUGCUUUGAGCUGAAGCGAGCGAUUGAAUCCCCAGACCCGACGCAGUACAUGUCGAACAUCCCUAUUCACCAGGACGGAUCGUGUAAUGGUCUGCAGCACUAUGCUGCGCUGGGUCGGGAUCACAGCGGUGGUGCUCAGGUGAACCUGGUGCCUGCAGACCGACCGAGUGACGUGUACAUGGGUGUGGCUACGCAGGUGAUGGCCAAGGUGGAGCGCGAUGCCGCUCUGGAGGUGCCUACAGUGGAGGAAGUGCGUGCGAUGCUUGCAGCUGUUCCUGACGACGAGAGCACCGAGUCGUUGUCGCGCAGGACAAAGUUCCGUACGCUUCUGGACCAAGCACAUCGCAAGAAAUACGCGCAGUUCUUGGACGGUAUCAUUACCCGUAAAGUGGUCAAGCAGACGGUCAUGACAAGUGUGUACGGCGUUACGUACAUUGGCGCGCGUAAGCAGAUCUCUGCGCGUUUGCACGAGACGUUCUUGACCAAGGGCCACAUUAUGGACGACAAGCUGGAGGAUAACAUCUACCACGCAUCCUGCUACUGCGCGGAGCUCACGAUGGGCUCGAUGGGCGACUUGUUCACGUCCGCUCGUGGUAUUAUGGGCUGGCUGGCCAGAUGUGCUGGGAAGGUCGGAGAGAGUGGCCAGCCGAUGUCUUGGAUCACACCUCUGGGGCUGCCUGUGGUGCAGCCCUAUCGCAGCAAGUCCACCAAGCAAGUGCGUACCAAGGUGCAGCACGUGCUGAUGGUGGACAACGAAGGCCGACCGGUCAGUAUUGGCCGCCAGAAAUCUGCCUUCCCGCCCAACUUUGUCCACUCGUUGGACUCGACACACAUGAUGCUGACGGCGCGUCGCUGUCUGGAGGACGAGCAGAUCUCGUUCGCAGCCGUGCACGACAGCUACUGGACGCACGCGUGCUCCGUGGACAUUAUGAACCGCCGACUGCGCGAGGAGUUUGUCAACCUGUACGAGCAGCCGCUGCUGGAGGAUCUGCUCACGGAGCUGCACUUGCGCUUCCCCGACAUGGAGUUCGACGACGUGCCGCAGCUCGGCGACCUGGACCUCCAGAGCGUGCUGGACAGCCCCUACUUCUUCAACUAG